AUGACCACACCACUUUCACCCACUCAGGACUCAGUCCUCAACCGAGGAAUGCCGCUCUCUCCCCAGCAAACUGAUGAAUACAAUGUUGAAGCUGUCACAUUGACCGCUACCGUGGACCAGAACGCAGCAAGCCCUUCUCCAUCUAGCUCAGCGGUGAAGCGGAAAUCCGUUGAUGACCAAGAAAACGUCUCGCCCUCCAAGUCUCGCCAUACUCGCGUUCGCUCAGGCGUGGAGCUGUCUCCUUUGAAGAUUUUAUCCGAACAGAGGAUAACAAGCCAGGGCAGCGAGGGCUCAGCCUCGAGCUCUCCAUCGCUGUCUCGAAGCCCGCGCAAGGGGUCACCGGUGAAGAGGUUUCCUGUUAAGGUCAGCAAUCCGCUCAUAGAGGUGCCCCAAGAGGUGCUGCCCGAGCCCCGGACGAUGACCCUCGACGAUGCGAUGAAGGAGAAUGCAGGCCUGAAGAAGGCCAUUGCGAUUUUCGAAGACGACCUCAGCAUGCUCGAAGGCGCCGACACUUUGGGACUGGAUGCACACGACGAAACGGCUGGCCCGGAUGACACAAUGAUCAGCACAUUCAGUGCCUUCUCUGCUGUCCCGACAACACUCGGGAACAUCGGCUACAGCCCUGCCAGAGCCGGCGGCCUGGCACCAAGAGCCCAGCCAUCCCCUUCAGAGAAACCUCGUCCGAGCCCCAGGAGAGAUCUGGAAAACAGCACGGCCAACCUGCUCAUGGAUUUCACUGAGCAAUUGAGAAACCCCCAGAAGUCGCCCUCGAGGCGAAACUUCCUCACCUCGCGCCACUCGCCUUCGGUUUCGGCCACACCCAGCCGCCAUAUGGGCAACCUCAUCGAUUUUGAUAUCCCCCCGAUGCCAACCCCUCGCAGCGUCCCCUCCAUCACGCCCAGAGAACUCGAAACGCUCAAGUCCAACUUCCUGUCCGAGAUCAGCUCCCUCAAGGCGAGCCUGAGCGGUAAAGAGGCCGAGGUCAACUCCCUCAAGACAGCAGUUGGCGAUGCUGAGAAGCGCGUUGGCCAAUCUCUCGAGAAACUACGCGAGGAGCAGAUUGCCAAAGACCAGCUUAACGAAGACCUACAAGACUGGGAGGGCCGUGGUCGCGAGAUGGAGAACGUGCUUCGCAAAGUCAAGGAGGAAAUUGUCAAGGGUCAGCAGGAGAAGGAGGAGCUGGACCAGAAGCUUGAGGAGAGCGAGAAGCGUCGCGAAGCUGCCGAGAUGUUGCAUCAGGAAGCAGAGAGCAAGAUGGCGGGGAUGCGCGCGGGACGAGACUCGGACAAGUCGUCGGCGGCGUCUUCCCCCGACAAGCCAAAGGGGGCAGCCACAAGCAAUCACGAGAUAGAGGUUGCUGUUGAGCGGGUCGCUCGGGAGCUGCACGGCCUGUACAAGAGCAAGCACGAAACCAAAGUUGCUGCUCUCAAGAAGUCGUACGAAGCUAGGUGGCAGAAGAAGAUCAAGGAACUCGAGUCCCGCAUUGAGGACGUCAACAGGGAUAACGAGAGGCUACGUGCCGAGCGCGACAACACGGCGGCCAAGAUGGACCCCAACUGCACGAUCAUGGAGGCCGAGGAGCUCAAGUCCCAGGCCGUCAAGGAUAGCACUGCCAUGAAGGAGCUCAACGCAGAUGUCCAGCGUCUUGAGGCUGUUGUCAAGACCGUACAAAAGGACAAUGAGGAGCUGCGGGGUAUGCUGGAGCAGGAGCGCAUUGAGAAGGGCGAGCUGGUCCAACUGGCCGAGGAGAUGAUGAGCAUGCAGACCUUCGUUGGUUCAUCGUCCGCACCUCCGAAAUCCCCAGCGAAGCCAGCCCCUCAGCCCCAGGCCCAGCCCCAAACACAUAGGAUCCAGCGUACACCCGCACCACAGCGUUACCAACAGCAUCAUGCUGAAGCUCCUCCAGCUAAGACCCCCAGGGCAACGCCCGGGAACCGCGCCUCUGGCCUGCGAGCCCCUGGUACCGUCUCCAGGGCACCCCACGAGAGGACCAAGAGCGCAGGAGGUCUUCCAAGGCCUGGAGGAGUCGCGCGAAGUGGUAUCAUGAGCUCGAUCGAGAAGAUGGGAAGUUAUAGGGGCCGGGGAGCCGAGUAA